CUCGACUUCGCUGGGGUAGUGCUGUGCCUCUGGGCUCUACCCGUCCAGCUGCUUCGACUUCUGCUACCGGUUCAGCGCCCCUCGCGUCCCCGGAGACCAACAACCUCGGUGUAUGCCCCACCCCUGAUCCCACUCGAGAGAUGUCCACCCCGGCUCGGCGGCGCCUCAUGCGGGACUUCAAGAGGUUGCAGGAGGAUCCUCCUGCCGGAGUCAGCGGGGCUCCGUCUGAGAAUAACAUAAUGGUUUGGAACGCGGUCAUUUUUGGGCCGGAGGGAACCCCAUUUGAGGAUGGCACAUUUAAACUGACUAUCGAGUUCACUGAGGAAUAUCCGAAUAAGCCACCUACUGUUAGAUUUGUCUCUAAGAUGUUCCAUCCAAAUGUCUAUGCUGAUGGCAGUAUAUGUCUGGACAUACUGCAGAACCGCUGGAGCCCAACUUAUGAUGUAUCAUCCAUUUUGACAUCCAUACAGUCUCUUUUGGAUGAACCGAAUCCUAAUAGUCCAGCAAACAGCCAGGCUGCCCAGCUGUACCAGGAGAACAAGCGGGAAUACGAAAAGCGUGUUUCUGCAAUUGUAGAACAGAGCUGGCGUGACUGUUGACCUGAGUGGCACGCAAGAAGAGGCUCGUUAUAAGAAAAAUACCUGUUGAUAUAUUUGCCAUCUUCCUGUUCCUUGGUGUCAUUAUAUUUACUUUAUUAAAAAGCAAAAUAGCUGAUGUGCUGUUUCAGUGUUCCCUUGCUAAGGUUUUCCAACCCCUCUAUACUCUCCUGGAACAUCCAAAAACACCCUGUUUUGAAUCAAAUGUGCUGUACCUGGGUUAUGUGCAAAACAAUAAUGACUGAUGCUUAAUUCUGAGUCUGUUGUACCUCAUCUCCAGUUGGGGGCAGUAGGGUGUUUCUGUACUUGACAAUAAGUUUUGAAAAUGGGUUGUCAUAUAAGGAGGUGCUUUAGACAAAGCUAGAUGACAAAGAUCUUACUUGUAACAACAUAAUGACUGCUGUGUUUUAUCCUGGCUGAUCCUUUGCUCGUGUUGGAUUCAAAGGGAUUCCACUUUACUAGGUAUAUGGCCAACAGGAAUCCAUGAAACAGGCCCUUAUAAACAUCCUCUUUGAAAGGACAGUGGAAGCUCAAAAUACUGGGAUCAAAAGAAUAACCAAUCAGAACUACAAGGCAUUUUUCUUCACUGGUAGGAGACUAUGAAAGAACUCAGCCCAAGUACAGUACCAUAGUUGUAGUAACUGAUACAUCCUCUCCUUCCCAGAUAGUUACUGAAUACAUACACACACUCCCAAGCUAAGUUUCAGAAUGGGACAUAUCUUGGAGGGUUUUUUUCCCUUCAAAGAGUUGUGGAAACAGAGGAAUGAAAAAGAAGUACUUUCUAAGCUAGGGGAAGUUGGAGAGCCUUGCAACUUUUUAAAGGAACAGUGCUACCCUGAAUCACCAACUUUAUGACCCCCAUCUAUUUUUCAGACGUUGAAUUCAAGGAAGGGAAGCUCUCUGUGGCAAACUUUUCCCACUCACAACCUGAAUUCACACUGCAUGCUUACGUUUCUUCGCGUUCCGUAGAGUAAAGCCCUCACUGUUUAGCUAUCUUUGUUUGAGUAUUUAUCCUUUUUGCUAAAAUCAGUAACUUUAAGUAGCAGUGUGGGACAAGGCUUGUAAAUGUUCUAUCUGAUGUUCCUUUGUUAUCUUUUCAGCACCUACCACUCUUCUAAAUCGAAGUUUGCACAAGUAACCCAUGUAAAAAAAUGUACAUUUUUCAAAAGUUGUAAAUAAAAAUAACCUUAAAAUUU